UAAAUUAUUUCUUAGGAAAUUACUUUUUUAACUACAUUACAACAUUACAACGACGAGUUUGACUUUAUUCGCUAUAGUUAUGUUAUAGAAGUGAAUUAUUCGAAAUAUUCAACAAAUAUUUUGUAAAUUUGAAGAGUAAAUUUAUCAAUUGUGGAUUUUGCAUUAUAUUAUCUUUGGAUGAUAUGGCGGAAUUCGACGAGUGAGUUAUGUGCUAUGUUACGUAACUACGUAAGAGAAUAAAGUUGGAAGAAAAGAGCAAAAAGAGAGAAAGGAAAGAAGACAGGAAAUAGUGUAUUUGAGAAAGAAGGAGAAUAAAGUUAAAAUCGUGGAAGAAGAAAGAGAAGAUAAACGGGACAACAACACGCGGGGAAAUUCUUUUUUAUUUUUAGGCAUCGUCAACUCGAGAACAGUGCCUGUCGCGGACCAAGAGAUAUGCCGAAGAUUGGAGACGUACAUCGCUAGUAGUACCGGUGAGGAUGCCAUUGCAAUUGAAGUUGAAGAAUCGAUAGCGAAUAGUGAAUGUCAUAACGUUGACGCGACCAUGUCGACGAUAAAAACGAGUAAUACGACAGGAACGAAUCAUAUCCUACCAGCUCUUAGUCGCUUCAAGUAUGAAUAUUUCGUCGCCGGUAUAUCCGGUGGCGUUGUUUCGACACUUACCCUUCAUCCAUUGGAUCUAAUCAAAAUUAGAUUGGCAGUUAACGAUGGACGUAGCUCAAUACCACAAUACACUGGUAUAGUAUCUGCCUUCAAGCAGAUUAUGAAAAGUGAAGGAAUACGUGGAUUUUACAGAGGAGUGACACCGAACGUAUUGGGAUCAGGCUGCUCUUGGGGAUUAUAUUUCUUCUUUUACAAUAACAUAAAAACAUGGAUUCAAGGAGGAAAUGCGAAGAAACCAUUAGGUCCAUCAAUGCAUAUGCUAGCUGCUGCAGAUGCAGGAAUAUUAACUUUGUUGAUGACUAAUCCAAUAUGGGUAGUGAAAACACGAUUAUGUUUACAAUAUGUUGAAGAUAAAAAUCUUGCAGAAUCAAAGAGAUACACAGGAGUGACAGAUGCCCUGUUAAAGAUCUAUAGAACCGAAGGAAUCAGGGGUUUAUAUAAGGGUUUAGUUCCUGGAAUGUUUGGUGUAUCACAUGGUGCCAUACAAUUUAUGACAUAUGAAGAAAUGAAAAAUAAAUAUAAUAUAUACCAAAACGUACCUAUCGACACAAAACUGAACAUGUUCGAAUAUAUCCUUUUUGCUGCCGUUUCUAAGGUAAUUGCAGCUGCUGUAACAUAUCCUUAUCAGGUAUUAAGGGCGCGUUUGCAAGAUCAUCAUCUUGACUACAGAGGAACGUGGCACUGCAUCCAGGUGACAUGGAGGUGUGAAGGUUGGCGUGGAUUUUACAAGGGUCUUAGUGUCAACCUUAUGAGAGUGACCCCAGCAACUGUGAUUACCUUUUUGGUCUACGAGAAUGUUACCCACUUCUUCAAGCGCAACCCACAAUAUGCAAACAUUGGGUCAAGUGGAUAGAACAAUAUCUUCGACAGUAUGUAAUAAAAGUUAGAAUUAGAAGAACGUGGCAUUUAUAUUACGAAUUGUUCUGCGACGUGUAUAUUUUGUUAUUUCAAACCUUUGUCGUAUUAACAAUAUCAAUGCAAUUGAGAGAAAGAGAAAGAAAGAGAGAGAGAGAGAAAGAGAAAGAGAGAGAGAGAAAGAGAGAGAGAGAGAGAGAGAGAGAGAGAGAGAGAGAGAGAGAGAGAGAGAGAGAAAGAGAUUUUUCCUUUAUUAGGGUAUAGUUUAGUUUAGUUUAAAAAUUGCCGUUUUCGCGAUUUAUAUAAAGAUGAUUAUCUCACAAAUGAUAGUUUUACGAAGAUAAUAUUCAUUUGAUUUCUUAUAUUAAUAUAUUCUCGCAUAUAAUAUUAUAAUAAAGGAGUUGAAGUUGUAGGAAAUAGAGAAGAAAAGAAGGAUAUUGAAAUUUUUCGAUGGUAAAUCGCUUGUUUAAUAGAUAAAUAAUUUAAUUAAAGUUUCUUGUUAUCUCACGUCAUGUACAAAAGAGCUUAUAAUAUCCAACAGGCUCUUCUCGCAGUCCUUAUAACGUCGAUUGCAAUUUUCCUCGAAUUCUGCUUUAAUUAUCUCGUCCGAAAGAUUUUCCUCUUGUGAACUGGAAGGUCUUUGAAAAGAUGCAACGAUGCGAUUAAACGAUUUAUGUUAAAUAAAGAUAUAGAAACGGAUUGAAAACAAAUUAGAAAGUCAAUUCACAAUUUUAAGAUAACUCACGCAAAUAAAAUUCGGACGAUAUCUCCGAGAAGUCCGUUUCCUUUCAACGAGUAUUUACCAAUCUCACAAAUUGUUUUUAACAAACAAUUUUUUCCGGAAUAGCCGCUACUAUCAGAGAGAGAAACAUAAAUAAAUCUUUGAAAAUUUAAUAAAGUAUACUUACUUCAAAUAUAAUUAUCUCAAUAACCGUAAGAUCUGUAAUCGUGGAAAUUAUAGUUUUAUAGAAAUUAAGUAAUUAUGAAAAAUGAUUAUAUCGAUUUCUAUUCAAUAUUUGUAUAUAUAUUUGUAUAUUUACAUUAAUUUCGCAUAUUAAAAUCAUGACAACAAUAGGAUAUAGGGAUAGGAUAAUAUUACCUUUCUAGUUUCUUUGUGAUUACAUCGUAGAUCAAUCGUCUAUUGAGAUCUCGUCUUUUAAAAUGUUCUACUUCGGUGUAAUAGCUCGAAUUCCAAUCGCUUGGUAGACCAUAAUUUGCCUCGAAAUAAAAGGAGAAUAGUAUGGACUUGUCGGGGAUGUCAAUCGGUACGCCAAGAGCAAAGAACAUCUGAGAACAAGAUCGAUCAAUUGUAUAUGCAUUUAUAGUAGCAUCGUUUAAGUUUUUUAUGUAGAAUAUCUUUCGAAAAAACGAAUUACGUGAAAGUUAAAAAACCGAAAAAAAGGGAAUUUAUAAAAAUACAAUUUUACUAGGAUAUACAAAUAACACAAUUCAAUCCGAAAUGAUUUAUCUUUUAAUGUUUUUCCGAUGUAAUUAAUAUAAUCAUAUUGUACAAAUUAAACGAUGCUCAAACAAUGAAAUGCCUUUUUUCAUUUUUCUUUGGUUUGAUUUAGUCUUAUUCUUAGUUUUAUUGUUAUUUUAAUAGAUUGAAUAUUUUAUAUAAGCAAGAGACCAUGCAUACGAAUCGAUAGAAAAUCACACACGGAGACAUCAAUUUGAAGCAAACGAGAUGUUCUCCAAGUUGAGGCGCAUUAGUCGAUGGAAAAUGAAUGAUUGAUUUACUAUACCCCUAUGCCGCUACCCUCGGGAAAUCCGAUGGAUCGAAUGUGCCUCAAUACUCCAUGGGUAAUAUUUUUCACCCUUGACCCACGUGCUAAGCACAUGGAGCACAGAAAGAGAAUAAGAAUGAUCCAAUGACUUUUGCGAUACCAUUCCUUUUGUAAGCACAUCGUUAAAUAAUAUUCGUUUAAUUACGUAAUGUUUUUCUUUUCUUUUCUUUUAUUUAUUUUUUUUUUUUUACGAAAUCAAUUAAUAGAACGACAGAUGUUUAUUUCACUCACUUUAUUUUAUGUUGUCUUUUAUCACAAGAGAUGCUUAUUCAGAGGGAAUGUUACUUUUAAUGAGUCUCCGAGUAACGGUUCGGUAACACCGCAAAUGAAUUAGGAGUUGGCGAAUUUGCGUAGAGUCUGUAAUUGUCUUGUUAAUUGGCUAUUUUCUAACGGAUCCCCAGGAUAAUGAAAUAUUUCGAACUUGGACAUGUUAUCGAUCGACUAUGCCUGGGCAAUCGGUGUACCACGAAUUCGAUGCGAGGCUUCAUAUUAAUGACAUUUUAAUUGACGUAUUUAAAAUUCGAUAGAAUUUGCCUUAUUACUUAUAGGAAUACCGAUAUAAAUGUAGAGUUAUAACAAGUGUUCCAUAUGUUUUAAAUAAUACUGCACGUAUGCACUCGUUAUCUUCCACGAUUUUCAUUAACUUAUUAGAUCUAUCGAAAAGUUUUCUUCGUUCUUUGAAUAUAAGAAAAUAAUACACAUUUGUUUAUUAAUAUUUAAUUAACAAUGUAAUUUACAUUAAUAUUAACAAUUUCCGAUCUUCCAAGCAAAGUUAAGUGAACCGGAUUUUUGUAAUAUUUUUAUAUUUAUAGCACGUGAAGGUCUGCACUCUGACUUUAAUUUGUUGUGGUAGUAACUCUCAGCCAUUUUCGAAAAAAUCGGUUUUAAAAAAUAUUGAGUAGUUUAUAAGGAAUAAAUGUUAACAGCUGAACGACGAGCUUUAUAUUAUUUUUAUUUAAAAAAUUUCUUAAUCUUUUAUGCAAAAUCUUUUCAAAAAUUUUAUUAACGUUGGAAAUUGGAAAAAUAUUGAUCUAUACUUUGUAUCUCUACAUUUUUCACUAUCUUUAUAUAUUGGAGUCAUUUUUUUCGCAAAUGCACCUGCAUAUGCAUUCAUCAUACAUUCGCAAAUUACACACACACGCGAAUAUUCAUGAGGUAAAUCAUAGACAAAUAUUGCAUGCAUACAUCAUAUGUACUUAUACAUAAUAUACAUCGGUGAGUGACCGCUGUUUUUCGUCCCAUAUUGUUCUUACCAGGUGCAUGAUACAGAGAUGUAAAUAAGUAAAGUUUUAGAAUUUGAAAAAUAUUACAUGGAAGAUAGAACAUUUUGUAAGAUCUAGUUGAAUCGUUAAUACGCCAAUUAAUUCGUAUCAAUCAAAUUAUUUAAAUAUUUUACUAUGGUUUUGGUAAAUAAAAUAUAUAUCUAAUAAUUCCAUUGAAGAAGAAUUAUGUAGCAAGUCUUUAGAAUAUGAAUACCCGGUAGACCCUGUAGUAUGAUCAAAAUAAAAAACUUUAAUUAAAAUUCGAAGUCUUGCUAGAAAGCGUAAAUCGUUAGUUAUUAGAUAUGUACAUUACAUCGAAUAUCUUUCUAUUUAUAUUAACCAUAAGAAUGUUAAUGAACUUUGUUUUCAAUUUAUUUUAUAUAAAGAUAUUAUUAAUAAUCUAUAAACAUUCAAAGAUAUAGUAGCGAUUAAAAAUCAAGUUUGGCAAGAACAAGCUUUUGAAGAUAUGGAAGGAUCGGUUAAUAGUUUAAAUAUUUCAGCAACAUCCAGCUUACAGAUAAGACAUAUGUUCGAUUCUGAUGUGUAUAUAUUAUUUUGUACGUUUCUUCUAGAUCAACAUACAUAUAUUAUAACGAAUAUAAUUGAGGAAGAAAGUCUUUUUCCUUUUUAUGUUAUGCAUACAUCGAGAAUGGCAACAAUAAAUUUAUAUUGAGAUAAAAAUGAAAAAGGUGCAGAGUAGUUAUCAAACUAUUUCAUAUUCGAUUGAAUCGUUGUAGCCGAAAAGCUAUAACUAUGUUGCAUUUAUAUAUGAAAUGCAUAUCGUAGAAAUAUGCUAUAAACGCGUUAUUGUGGCUCUUAAACUUUCUCUUAAGGGUCAUAUAUUAUUAUGCAGACUAUUUGACCAUGAGAAUUCGUUGGACCGUGAAAAUUCGUUGAAUAAAAAAUACAUUGCUCACUAUUGUUCAAGUUUUAAACAUUUCUAGUUAAGCUUGUAAUUUAUUAGAAUAUGGAAAACCAGACAAUAAAUACAAGAGGUAGGUUCGUAGACUAAGCGAGACAUGUGGCUGGAAGCUAUAAACAUAGCUAUUUUAAGAGAACGAAAAUAUAUGAUUAUUAUACUGAAAAAUAUAUGAUUAUUAUAUUUUUUUUUAUACAUUUAGCAGUGCUAUCACCUAAAAAGAGGGAUCGCACAUACGAUUAUUUAAGCAUACUAAACGAACUAUUUGAACACAUUUACAACCAAUAAAAGAUCACUACUUUCCUUUCCGUA